AUGUUGAACUCUCAAAUUAAUUGGUUUAUUGGUCUUUUUUGUCUACUUCAAUUUGUUACUUUGUCUGUAUCCGCCGCAACUUGUGCUGCCGAAGCAAACUUUCAAGGAUGUAAAACAAUUCAGGAAACUGCACUCAAAACAUGUGGGCCUGUUGACUAUGCUUGUCAAUGUAAAGCUCAGAACUUGAUUCGUCAAUGCUAUGAUUUGUGUCCAGAGUAUUCUUCAGACGCGACUAUUCAAAGUGGCGUUGCUGCUGGCAUCUGUGCUGCUGUUCCCUCAAGCUCUUCUGUUGCGUUGCCCUCAGCUACUCUUCGUCCUUCCAAUGUAGUAGCUAGCCACACCUUCUGCUAG